AUUGGUGACGUCAGAGGAAGUUGGUGUACAGUACAGAAUGUGACUCGCUUGCACUGGGUCCUGUUGUACAAAACCAUUUUAUACAUUCUCUGUUUGGCAUUCCGGUGUGUACGUCUGUGAACAUUAGAGACAUGGCGCUGCUCUACGAGAACCUGAAACUGCACACAACACCUGAGAAGUUUUUUGUGGAAGCUUGUGAUGAUGGAGUAGAGGAUGUCCUUGCUAUCGACAGAGUGUCGACAGAAGUUGCUUUGACAGCAAAGAAGGAUAUACCUCCAUCGGCAAUUACAAGGCCUAUAUGUGGUAUUUUAGGUACAAUUCGACUAGUUGCCGGAAUGUAUCUGAUUGUGAUUACCAGAAAGAAGAAAGUAGGGGAUCUUUUUAAUCAUUCCAUUUGGAAAGCCACAGGCUUUGAUGUUAUUUCCUAUAAAAAGACAAUUUUGCAUUUAACAGAUACUCAGUUGCAGGAUAACAAAACCUUCCUUUCCAUGAUCAGCUAUGUUCUCAGCGUGGAUGGAUUUUACUUCUCUACAUCCUAUGAUCUCACACACACUCUACAGCGACUAUCAAAUACAAGUCCGGAAUUCCAAGAAAUGAGUCUGCUAGAAAGGGCUGAUCAGAGGUUUGUAUGGAAUGGACAUUUACUGAGAGAGUUUUCUGCACAACCUGAGAUCCAGAAAUUUGCUGUUCCGGUUAUUCACGGAUUUAUAGCAAUACAUUCCUGUUCUGUUAAUGGAAAAUACUUUGACUGGAUUCUCAUCUCAAGGAGAAGUUGUUUUCGAGCUGGUGUACGAUACUAUGUUAGAGGUAUUGAUUCGGAAGGUCAUGCUGCAAAUUUUGUUGAAACUGAACAAAUUGUGCAUUUUAAUGGAGCAAAAGCUUCAUUUGUUCAAAGUCGAGGGUCAAUUCCAUUUUUCUGGUCACAAAGACCAAAUCUGAAAUAUAAACCGAAGCCUCAAAUCAACAAUGCUGUAAAUCAUAUGGAUGGAUUCCAGCGACAUUUUGACUCGCAGAUAAUUAGUUAUGGAAAGCAAGUUAUCGUUAACUUGGUUAACCAGAAAGGGUCAGAAAAACCACUGGAACAAACAUUUGCACAAAUGGUGACAGGCCUUGGAAAUGGAAUGGUUAGAUAUUUUGCAUUUGAUUUCCACAAAGAAUGCAGCAAAAUGCGUUGGGACCGCUUGCAGAUUUUGGUAGAUCAAGUAGCUGAAAUACAAGAUGACUUUGGCUACUUUUUAGUGGACUCUGAAGGAAAGGUGUUAUUGCAGCAAGAUGGAGUAUUCAGAAGCAACUGCAUGGACUGCUUGGAUCGCACAAAUGUUAUCCAGAAUCUAUUGGCACGUCGUUCUUUUCAAGCACAAUUACAGAGACUUGGCGUGCUCCAUAUUGGUCAAAGAAUUGAAGAACAAGCGCAGUUUGAAAAAAUGUACAAAAAUGCUUGGGCUGACAAUGCAAAUGCAUGUGCAAAGCAGUAUGCAGGAACAGGGGCACUGAAGACAGACUUCACAAGGACUGGAAAGCGAACACAAUGGGGACUUAUAAUGGAUGGCUGGAACUCCCUCAUACGAUAUUAUAAAAAUAAUUUUUCUGAUGGAUUUAGACAAGAUUCAAUUGACUUGUUUCUUGGAAAUUACACUGUUGAAGAAACCUAUUCUUCUAGUCCUUUACAAGUGCAGAAAGAUUGGAAAUUCUUGGCAUUGCCAAUCAUCAUGGUGGUUGCUUUUUCAAUGUGCAUUAUCUGCUUGCUCAUGGCUGGUGACACCUGGACGGAGACUUUGGCCUAUGUACUUUUCUGGGCAGUUGCCAGUAUUGGGACAGCCACCAUUAUCCUUUACAAUGGCAAAGACUUUGUUGAUGCUCCAAAAUUGGUGCAAAAAGAAAAGAUGGAUUGAAUUAUUGAUUGUCAGAAGGACAUUGGCAGUGAUUGUUGCACAAGCCAUAAUUGGAGUCUUUACUGAUCUGCUUUCAAACAAACAUCAUUGCUAUUCUUACUUAUAUUGAACUUCAUUUUAAACCAUCGGAUCUAAAACAUAAGACCUUGAGAAGCAUAUAAUGAUCUGCUUUUCAUUGACCAGGGUGUAUAUUUUCCAUUGCUUUGCAACAUAUUGCAGAGUUUGUAACUAUUACAGAGUUAAGACAUGGACUUCAAAAUAUAGUAGUUAGGUAGUAAAAAAAAUAAUAAUAAUAAUUUUGAUCCACAUGCCUUAUGAUUGUCACAAGUGUGUUUUAAAUAAAUAGUUUAAGAUGAUUUGCAUGAGCAAUAAAAACUGUUGAUUUUUUUUUCCAAA